UAGAGCUUCUUCAUGGCGCCAAGCUUAACCACCCUCCAAGAAAAUGGACUCUUCAAACCGUUACCACCCUCCAUAAAACUCGAAGCCUCAACCUUCUCAGUCAACGACCACCCCAUCCUCACCGAAGUCCCACCAAACAUAGUUGCCGCCACUGUAUCACCGCCACAAGAUUCAACCACCACCAAGAACACCGCAACAGGAUGCUUCGUGGGGUUCAAUGCCGACGAGCCACUCUCCCGGCACGUUGUUUCCCUUGGUAAGCUCAGAGGAAUCCGGUUCAUGAGCAUAUUCCGGUUCAAACUCUGGUGGAGCACCCACUGGACCGGCUCCAACGGUACCCAAGUAGAGCACGAGACUCAAAUUAUGAUACUCGAGAACAGUUAUUUAAUUGUUAUAUCAGGUGAGAGCGGCGGGCGACCCUAUGUCCUCCUCUUGCCGCUUAUCGAAGGAGCUUUCCGGGCUUCCCUGCAGCCCGGUCUUGACGACUUCAUCGACGUCUGCAUGGAGAGUGGAUCCACACGCGUGGCGGAGUCGACAUUCAAAGCGUGCCUCUACAUGCACGCCAACAACGACCCCUACACUCUGGUCCACGAAGCCAUGAAGGUCAUCCGCCUCCACCUUGGAAUCUUCAAGCUUUUAGAAGAGAAGACCCCGCCGGCAAUCAUCGACAGGUUCGGGUGGUGCACGUGGGACGCGUUCUACCUGGAGGUGCACCCUCAGGGCGUCCGCCAAGGCAUCAAAACCCUCGCGGACGGAGGGUGCCCUCCCGGUCUAGUCAUCAUUGAUGACGGAUGGCAAACGUUUUGCCGUGACGAUGAGGCGGUAACCGACGGAGGGAGCUUGAAUUGUAGGAUACCGGGAGAGCAGAUGCUGAAUAGGCUGAUAAGGUUCCAAGAGAACUGCAAGUUUAGGGAGUACGAGUGUUGUAAGGGGAAGGGGAUGGGUGCGUUUGUGAGGGAGUUGAAGGAGGAGUUUGCAGCGCUGGAGAAUGUGUAUGUGUGGCAUGCGUUUUGUGGGUACUGGGGUGGGAUAAGGCCCAAGGUGGAGGCGAUGCCGGAGACAGAGAUGGUGGCCGCGAGGCUGUCGAAGGGAGCGGAGAUGCUGAUGACGGACUUGGCGGUGGAGAAGAUACUAGAGAACGGUGUGGGAGUUGUAGCGCCGCAUGAGGCUCACAACUUGUAUGAAGGGCUUCACUCGCAUCUUCAGUCGGUGGGGAUUGACGGUGUCAAGAUUGAUGUCACACAUGUUCUAGAGAUGCUAUCAGAGGAUUAUGGUGGUCGUGUUGAACUCGCCAAACCAUACUACAAAGCACUCACUGAUUCUAUUAAGAAACAUUUCAAGGGCAAUGGUGUCAUUUCCAGCAUGCAGCAGUGUAACGAUUUCAUGUUCCUUGGCACAGAAACCAUAUCACUUGGACGAGUUGGUGAUGAUUUUUGGUGUACGGACCCGGCCGGAGAUCCGAACGGAACAUAUUGGCUACAAGGAUGUCACAUGGUGCAUUGUGCAUACAACAGCUUGUGGAUGGGGAAUAUCAUUCACCCGGAUUGGGACAUGUUCCAAUCUGAUCACGCCUGCGCCGAGUUUCACGCCGCCUCUCGAGCCAUCUCCGGUGGACCGGUUUAUGUGAGUGACUCUGUUGGAAAACACAACUUCAAGUUGCUUAAGAAGUUGGUUCUCUUGGAUGGCUCCAUUUUACGGUGUGAACACUAUGCACUUCCUACUAGGGAUUGCUUAUUUGAAAAUCCUUUACAUGAUGGUAAAACAAUGCUCAAAAUUUGGAACCUCAACAAGUAUACAGGGGUUUUGGGUCUGUUCAAUUGCCAAGGUGGAGGGUGGUGUCCUGCGAGUAGAAGAAACAAGAGUUUUUUAGAUUGUUCACACUCCGUUACUUGCAUUGCAAGUCCCAAAGACAUUGAAUGGAGCAAAGGAAAGAACCUUAUUUGCACCAGAGGAGUUGAUUCAUUUGCAGUGUACAUGGUGAAAGACCAAAAGUUGAGGCUAGUGAAGUAUGAUGAGAGCAUUGAGGUUUCGCUGGAGCCUUUUGCUUUCGAGCUCAUGACGGUUUCUCCGGUGAUGUUUCUACCAAGAUCAUCAAUUCAGUUUGCACCAUUUGGAUUGGUGAACAUGCUCAACUCUGGAGGCUCAAUUCAAUCCUUGGAGUUCCAUGAACAUGAUAAAUUAGUUAGAAUUGGGGUGAGAGGCCAUGGUCAGAUGGCCGUAUUCGCGGCAGAGAAGCCGGUAGAUUGUAAGAUUGAUGGACAACCUGUGGAGUUUGAUUACAAUUAUGACGAUAACAUGGUUAAGCUCCAAGUUCCAUGGCCUAGUUCUUCGAGGUUGUCCAUAGUCGAGUAUUUUUUUUGAACCGAUUAAUUAAGGUCUGAAUGCUUGAGAAUGCAUA